AUCAUUAAAUUUUCUUCAACAGUUCCUCCGGUCGCAACUGGUCAGUCGUCGUCGAAACGCCGAGAAAGACGGAACGCGUCAAAUGAAGCAAGCAGCAAGUGACUCCUGGACGAUUUAACGAAUAUUUCAUACGAUUUUUUCGUGAAGGAUUUUUCCAACAAACUGUUAAAGAGGGUUAAAAGUGCGUUUCAAAAAAUCAACAAAACGUCUCUGUGAUAGAAUUGUUCUCAAGCCAAGAUCUAUACUACCAAAUUACCAAAACGGAGUGUUGAGUAAAACGUGUCUUCUGGAAGCGCCACCUUAAAGCGUAAAUUAAUCAGACAGUGAAUGAUAUAAUAUCGGACAAACUAUUCCAAAAAAAGUCAAUUGCAACUUUACAACCUUGUCCGGUUUGGUGUGGUAAAAAAGACGUGCUGUGCUGUGACCCAUCAUUGGUGUUGAGGCGUAGAGCAUAAAAAAUACCUGCGCAAAGCACUACAGAGGAGAGCGCACAUUCGAGCCCGUCGAGAGAAUUUCCAACGGCAGCGCGGAUAGUUAGUUAGUGAGUGUCUCGGUAUUCAAAUAAUUACCGACUAGGUAUCGGCUGACAAAGCACGGCACAGUUAAAACUGAUACAUUGCAAUCAGCCAGCCGGCACCAUUUUGAAAGUAACGGCCAAUUACAUCUAACGAGUGUGUAGAGUAAUAACACACGAGAGACAAGCGAGACCGGAUCGAUCGUAUCGCAAGAGGACACCCAUUCUACAUACGUAAGCUAGUAGGUACCAGUUGCAUUUGGCCUGGCCGAAGAUAGGAGGUGCCUUACGAAGAUGACGUCAGUGAUGCUGAUCGAGGACAGUGGCAACAUCAACGUCCACAAUAAUAAUAACAACAGCGACAACGACAACAAGAAUGAUCUGCGGCAAGAACAGUACCUCCGGGCCCUCACCAAGACAUUCACCGGCAUCGAGAAACCCCUAAAGAAUGCGCCAAAGUGCGCGACACUUUCCGAGCUUAUCAGCGAGCUGCAUCAGGUGUUCGAUUCGGACCACGUGAACAUCGAGUAUGUGAACCAUCUGAUGCUGAGCUACCAAUCGAACCCGGCCGAGUGGCGCAAAUUUGCCAAAUUCGAUCGAUACCGGUACACCCGCAAUCUGGUCGACGCUGGCAAUGGAAAGUUCAACCUCAUGAUCCUAUGCUGGAAUGAAGCUCAUGCUUCGGCCAUUCACGACCACGCCGAUUCGCACUGUUUCAUGAAAAUGCUCAAAGGCGGUCUGACUGAAGUUCGUUUUGCGUGGCCCAAGAAUACGGCAAUCAACGAGGAUCAAAACGCCGACAUCGGUAACGGAAACGAAUCCGGAGAGCGGGAAUACGAUGGUGAUGAACUGGAGGAAAUCUCCCGCCACACGAUGGAAACGAACGAUGUAUGCUACAUCAACGAUACCUUGGGGCUGCACCGGGUAGAGAAUGCAAGUCACACGGAUGUGGCCGUUUCGCUGCACCUGUACUGUCCACCGUUCGAUUCUUGUUCGAUCUUCAACAAACAAACCGGCAAGCGUACCAAGUGUAAGGUCACCUUCUGGAGCAAGUUUGGCAAACGCGAACAGCAAGAAUGACGCAUUCCAGUUAUACCUAUAAUAACUAAACAUCACCCAGCAUGAUCUUUUGUUAACCGUUUGAGAGCUCACACUCGCGAUGAAAGUGCUCAACUAUAUCAUAAGCGUACUAGAUAUAUGUAGCGCUACACACGGGUUAUCGUGGUAGCGAAAUUUACACUGAGAAGUAACCAGCGUAUAGAGAUAAUACACUUAAUUGAAACUGGCAUAAUUCUUGGCGAUGAAUUAUCAUUUGUGCAUGUUAAAAUAAGUUCCAUCGAAAAAACUGGUGCAUUUACUGUUGAAAUUGUAUACGAAUUAAGGUAUAGAUCGAGAAAGUAACAAUAAAAGACUUCCACGUA